AUGCAGGGGGGUGGAAAGUGGUCGGGGUUGCACUCUACGAGGACGCCGUCUCUCAAUCAUCGUUUUCGUUUCCACUUUCGCAACAACGAGGAUUGCCGCCAAGCUCCACCUACAGUUCAGGAUUAUGUGCAAUUGCUGCAUCAGGGUUGCGAUCUUCGCUUGUUGAGAGAGAGACAGAGGCAGAGAGCGAGAGGCAGAGAGCGAGAGACAGACGCACACUGUCUACAGCUCGGCGAGGUGAAGGGAGGUCUCUUGGAUCCCUUGCCCCUGAAACGGGUGCUGGCUAUGGAGGAAAGUGGCACGGAAUAUCUUCUGCCGAAAAUGGUCAACCGACAUGAGUACAUGAUUCGUCCAAGGAAGUUUUAGCAACAAGUUGAAAGAGAGGCAGUUUUUUAUGGAGCUCUCAUGAG